AUGGCGGACGACGGCGGCGAGGAGAAGAAGCAGGUGGCCAAGUUCGAGCUGGAGCGGGAGACGGAGCUGCGCUUCGAGGUGGAGGCCUCGCAGACGGUGCAGCUGGAGCUGCUCACCGGCAUGGCCGAGGUCUUCGGCACCGAGCUGACCCGCAACAAGAAGUUCACCUUCGACGCCGGGGCCAAGGUGGCCGUCUUCACCUGGCACGGCUGCACCGUCCAGCUCAGCGGCCGCACCGAGGUGGCCUACGUCUCCAAGGACACCCCCAUGCUGCUCUACCUCAACACCCACACGGCCCUGGAGCAGAUGCGGCGGCAGGCGGAGCGGGAGGACGAGCGGGGGCCCCGCGUCAUGGUGGUGGGACCCACGGACGUGGGUAAAUCGACCGUGUGCCGCUUGCUGCUGAACUACGCCGUGCGCCUGGGGCGCCGGCCCACCUUCGUGGAGCUGGACGUGGGCCAGGGCUCCGUCUCCAUCCCCGGCACCAUGGGCGCUCUCUACAUCGAGCGGCCGGCCGACGUGGAGGAGGGCUUCUCCCUCCAGGCCCCGCUCGUCUACCACUUCGGCUCCACCACGCCCGGCACCAACAUCAAGCUCUACAACAAGAUCACAUCCCGCCUGGCCGACGUCUUCAACCAGCGCUGCGAAGUGAACCGCCGCGCCUCGGUGAGCGGCUGCGUCAUCAACACCUGCGGCUGGGUGAAGGGCUCGGGCUACCAGGCGCUGGUGCACGCCGCCUCCGCCUUCGAGGUGGACGUGGUGGUGGUGCUGGACCAGGAGCGGCUCUACAACGAGCUGAAGAGGGACCUGCCCCACUUUGUGCGCACCGUCCUGCUCCCCAAGUCCGGCGGGGUGGUGGAGCGCUCCAAGGACUUCCGGCGGGAGUGCCGCGACGACCGCAUCCGGGAGUAUUUCUACGGCUUCCGGGGCUGCUUCUACCCUCACGCCUUCGACGUCAAGUUCUCCGACGUCAAGAUCUACAAGGUGGGGGCUCCCACCAUCCCGGACUCCUGCCUGCCCCUGGGCAUGUCGCAGGAGGACAACCAGCUGAAGCUGGUGCCGGUGACGCCCGGGCGGGACAUGGUGCACCACCUCCUGAGCGUCAGCACCGCCGACAGCCCCGACGACAGCAUCUCGGAGACCAGCGUGGCCGGCUUCAUCGUCGUCACCGGCGUCGACCUGGAGCGCCAGGUCUUCACCGUCCUCUCCCCCGCCCCUCGCCCCCUGCCCAAGAACUUCCUCCUCAUCAUGGACAUUCGCUUCAUGGACCUGAAGUAGG